AUGGCAAUUUUUAAUAUUAUUUUUGUUUUGAUAUUAUUAGCAAAAAAUACUAUUUCAAUUGAGAAUAGACCAUUAAGUUCUAUGGUAAAUCAUGCAUUCAGUUGUGAUUGUUUUCAUACAAAUAAAGUUUCAACAAAUGGACCUUUAUUAAGAGGACAAAAUUCAAUUAAUAUUGAGGAGAAACCGAUAUACGUUAUACAUGGAGCAAGAAAUCAAUUUAUGAAUCAAUAUAAUAGAGCUAAAAUUGAUGAAUUUCUUGGUAGACAAUCAAGUACAAUUUUUAAUAAUAAUAAUUUUAUGGAUUGGUUAAAUACACAAAAAAAUAUUCAAUUUCCAAAUGGUAUUAAUGGUAAUGGUUAUAAAAAUGAAGAUAUUUUUUUAAGAGAUGAACCAACAAAUGAAAGUACUGAUGUUGAGGAAGAAAGUAUUAAUAUAUCAAAAUCGUUUUCAUUUAAUAAUGGAUUAAUAUCAUCAAAGAUAAAACAAUUUACAGAUAUAGUUAAUUUUUUGGAUAAAUUUGGUUGUAGAUGUGCCGGAAACUUUGGAGCAAUUUUUAAAGCUAAAAAAUAUUUAAGAAUAAGUAUUGCUCAUGUUUAA